AGAACAAACAAAAAGAGGAGAUUUUUCAUUGUUCACUUCAUCGUUCUAGUUAUUGAACAUAAUGGCUAAGUUGGGAUGGUUGAUUGUUUCUUUUUCUGUUUUUGUACUUGUUACCAAUCUUGGUGAAGCAAUCUCUUCUUGUAAUGGCCCGUGUAAGACCCUAAAUGACUGCGAUGGACAAUUGAUUUGUAUCAAAGGUAAAUGUAACGAUGAUCCUGAUGUGGGUAGUCAUGUGUGUUCGAACGGAGGCGGUGGAGGGGGGUCUUCCCCACCAUCAGACAGUAGUUGUCAACCUUUUGGUCAUAAAAUUUGUAACGGAAGAUCACAUCCACAAUAUAAGUGCUCGCCUCGAGUGACUUCCUCAACUAGAGCUACCCUUACAAACAACGACUUCAGCGAAGGUGGUGACGGCGGAGCCCCGUCAGAGUGUGACAAUAAAUUCCAUAGUAACUCUGAAUUAAUAGUGGCAUUAUCUACAGGUUGGUAUAACGGGGGUUCGAGGUGUGGAAAGAAGAUAAAAAUUACUACAAGCAAUGGAAAGUCUGUGUUGGCUAAGGUGGUAGAUGAGUGUGAUUCGAUAAACGGAUGUGAUGCAGAACAUGCUGGUCAACCACCUUGCCGUAAUAAUAUCGUGGAUGCCUCAAAUGCAGUAUGGAAAGCUUUGGGGCUUAAUACUGAUAUAGGUACAGUGCCUGUUACUUGGUCUGAUGCUUAACAACAGCAACAACAGUAGUACUACUACUAAUAAUAAUAUGGAAGGAUACAAAUAAAAACAACUUUGUCUCAUCCUCUCAUGCAGUCGUAAUUGUAACAUCGACUUGCAUCUUUUCUCAAUAAAGUUGUCUUUUCAUUUUUCCUCUA